AUGUCUGUUCCAGGCACUUCAUCGCUUCAACCUACUCUUGAUGGUUGUUGCGUCUGGAUAGAGGAAGGAAUGCUACAUGACCUCUUGAUUGGUUAUUCGACUGCCUUGACCACCUUGAUUUUUCUUGGCCUACUUUCGGUGCCAACCACGGAAGUGCUUGAGAUUGUUCCUUCGUCUGGUAUUUAUACUACGUAUAGCUUGCCUUUCUGGUCAAAGAAGCUUUUAGAUUAUGUGAUCGAUUUGGAACUAAAUAUAAUUAUAUGGCGAAAAUACAAAGCCGACGAGGCCGUGUUCAACAAGUGGCACUACCCUUUGCCCGGCUUCAGCAAUUGGACACCCAGCGGUCUCAGAGAUAAGUUUGAGCUAGCGACACACAUGCUUGGCGUGGAGAUACACGUUGUCACAGACGAUGGCAAGGCUGUGGCAAUCAUGGUCGGCCACCCUACAAGAUAUCUGCCCGACGAAGACUGGACCGUGACCAUGAUCGACACGGAUCGCAUGCGAACUUUUGCCCGGCUGGUGGAUAGCUUGAAGGAAUGCGAGCGCCAGGGCAGGUUUUUGGGAAUCGAGGACGACCUGCGAGACUUCUUGAGGGAGGAUAUGCUGAGUAGUGAGAAAUAUAUCAAAACGCUUGAGAAGAGGUCAGAGGACCGUGAAAUUGUUGGCAUGGAUGAGAACUCGGACCAGGAUCUGUCUAGCAUAGGAUAACUUCCAGUGCAUCAAAGUUUGGGUGGGUAGGGUGAGGCAGAAAAGGAGUAUUUAUCCGGCAUGGAGGCAUUGUCACUAGACUGAGCUAACAAUAAAGAUACG